UCGCAGCGCUUCGGCACCUGCGGAGCACUGCGGUCCUGGCGGGUGCGCUCCGUUAAUGGCUGAGCCAUUGGCCUCACCGCGCGGUCGUUCCGCCCCGCCGCGUCCCGCCCCGCUGCCAGGAGGAGCCCAUCCGGGGGCGGCCUCGGGGCGGGGCGGGGCUGCCGGAAGCGGGGCUGCGGCCUCCCUUCUGCUGCUGCUGCUGCUGCUGCCGUCGCCCGGGGCCGGGGGAAUCCCAACGCUGCUGUGCGGGAGCUGUCCGGGGCCGCCGAGCAACGGCUCCGUCGUGUCACAGUACUGCGCCUCCAGGGCCGACACGGAGCUGUGGGGCCGCUGCUGCGUGGGGCGGGCAUCCGGGCGGCAGCAGCUGCUGGGGUUGGACCUCAGCAACUGUUCCCUGCAGACCCUCCCCAGUGCCUUCAGCGAGGCUGCGGCUGCCGUCGUGCUGGACCUGACGGAGAACCCGCUGCCGGCGCUCCCUGCUGACUCCUUCUUGGGCUUCACGCAGCUGCAGCAACUCGUGGUGCCGCUGGCAGUACCGUGCCCAGGUGGCAGUGGUGCAUGGGAGGAGGUGACGACGUAUGGCAGCAGCCGCCUGUGCCGGGGCCAGAGGAACCCCUGCAACGGCUCUGAGGAGCUCGCCCCGCUGUGCCCUGAGAAUGCUGCCUGUGCCCCAGACGGCCCCGGCCUCUCGCAGUGCCUCUGUGCCAGCCCCUUCCACGGCUACAAGUGUCUGCGGCAGGGCGCCUUCCCCGUGCCGCUCUUCUGCAGCGUGCUGGGGACGGUGACAGCAGCGCUGAGCCUCACACUAUGGGGCACCCAGCGCCGGAACGCUGCAGGACCGUGACCGCGAUCGGCAGAAGAGGUGUGGGAUGCGACUACACCGCGGGGAAACGGGUUGAAUAAAGUGCGCGGUUGUGA